AUGCUCUCCGCCUUUCCUCAUCUCGACGAAACAGACUUUGAGCGCGCCUGCGAUGGGCUGCAGCGACGCUUCCAGCUCAAGGGUAGCGCGCAGGAAGACUGGCUAUCCGUGGAGAAGAUCCACCGAAAUGGGACCGUAUAUCUCAACAUUACCACGCAUCUGCCGCGCCCUGCAGGUAUACCUGCUGUGCAGGAUCGAGACGCUACUCAAGUGGAUGAGGUAGUAGAGCACGACGAGGAAGCUCUCGACACCACCGUAGUACUUCGGCCGGUUGUAGACUACGAUGUUGUCUUGUCACAAGUCUAUCGCGUGCCUGUGCUGUACAUCAGCGUUCGUGACCCCCAGCACCGGUAUCCCCCAACCAUGACUACCUUGUACGAGCACCUGGUCCCGCUGCAGUUCAAGGCACAGGCUGAGAAUGUUGGUGUCAUUGGAGGCAUCACUAUUACUGAUCAUCCGGCCACCAACAGACCUGUGUUUUUCAUCCAUCCAUGUCAGACGGCUGGCGUGAUGGAAGCCUCUCUUGACAGAAACGUUACAGCGGAUGAGUAUCUGAUGAUAUGGAUAGGAGCGAUGGGAAAGGCUGUUGGCUUGGAUGUACCUUUGCAAUUAGCCAGACCAGACGAUGCUUGA